CAAGUACAAUUAAAAAUGUAUUAAAGAAAGACAUAAUUAAAAAGAGAAAAUUUGGUGGUUUUGUAGGACCAUAUCAAGGGGUCUCACACUCUCAAAUCAAAUAGCACAAACACUAUAUAUAUGAAAAGAGAGUGUGAAUUUGUGAUCAUCAUCAUCAUAACCAUAAGCCUCCAUAGUCUCCCUUUAUAUUGGCCAACUUUGAACACUAUCAUCAUCUUUGUCGGCCAAUUUUAAUUGCUCCCCUCUAUUUUCCAUCAAAUCCCACUCUCUAUUCUCUCUCCCAAAAAAAUAAAAAAAACAACUUUCUCACACAAAACUUAAACACCUUUUGAAUCAAAUCAAAUUUCUUUAGUAUUAUUCCAAUAUAUACCAAAUACCUCACUCCAAAUUCCGGUACACCAAAUUUAUUUUGUACCCAUUUUUGUAACUUUUAAGAACAUAAACACAAAACCCAUCUUCUAAUUUAGUCCAAAUUCUUGUUCUGAAUAUCUCACUUUAGUCACUAUUGUACGUAUAUAUAUAUAAUAUAAAGAUGAUGAAACACCAAGAGUUCAUGACACUUCCAAGAAGUGCAAGUGCCAGCAGUGUCAGAGGUUCGAGAAAGAUAAUUCCGGCGACGACCCACUUGCGGUCAUCAUCCACGACGGCUCUUUCGCCUGAAACUGACGGAGUUUUCGAUAAGCUUUUGACCAGAAGCCGGACUAAUCAUCAUUCUCCGGUAACCUACCAUAACUUUUCCAAGACGCCCAUUAAGCUCUCUUCCAUUUUCCGAUCCCUUCUCAAUAUUCUCUCCUUUCCCGCCAUAUUCCCAACUUGUAAAUGGCUCACCAUCCCAUCUCAGCUCUCCAUAACCCCUUCUCUCGGCCGGAAAGUCACCGGUACUCUCUUCGGAAACCGCCGCGGCCACGUCAGCUUCGCUGUCCAGCUCGACCCGAGAUCCGAACCCGUUUUGCUACUCGAGCUGGCGAUGUCAACGGCGUCGCUGGUGAAGGAGAUGGCAUCUGGGCUCGUAAGAAUCGCUCUGGAAUCUGAGAAACUCCCGGCGGCCGCGAACGGCGCCGGUCGUAAGCUCUUUCAGGAGCCAACGUGGACGAUGUACUGUAACGGAAGGAGGUGCGGGUACGCUGUGAGCCGAACGUGCGGGGAAUCGGACUCGCACGUGCUGAGCACAGUCCGGAGCGUGUCGGUCGGAGCUGGAGUGAUUCCGGUGGUGGACGAUGAGGCGAAGAGGAGUGAGUCCGAGGGCGAGUUGCUGUACAUGAGGGCGAGGUUUGAGCGAGUCGUGGGGAGUCGUGACUCGGAGGCGUUUUACAUGAUGAACCCGGACGGUAAUGGUGGGCCUGAACUCAGUAUUUUUCUUCUUAGAUUAUGAGCCCAAAAUUGAACAAAGAAAGAAACAAACUCAGUUGGUUUGGAUUGGAAUAUAGGUUUGUAUUGUAGGUAAUUUGAAAAUUAAAUGUUUAAUUAAUAAUAAUUAGUGAUUUGAUUAUUAUAUAUCUGUAUUGUAUCUGUGUAUCUGUAUUUAUGUUUUUCUAUAA